AGGGGCAUUUUAAAAAAAACAUUUAUCCUUCUCUCUCCCUCUUCACCUCUUCUCUCUUCAAACUUCUGAAGCCAUUACCACAACCGGCUGUACACUUCCAGAAACAGCCAAAGAAUAUUCUCUUCAUCUCCUUCUUCAAAGUGUUCUUCAAUUUCUCAACCUUUUCUCCCAGAACUAACCUUUUCUUCCAACACCAGAAGCAACCCAGAACCCCCCAAAAUGCAAACCCAGAUUCAAUCAAAGCCCCAUCUUCAAACCCCUAAAUACAAAGAGAGAUUUGGAGCACGAGAGCAUGAGCGACGGAGAGAGAGAGAGGUAGAGAAGAUCGAAGCUUCUGCAAUUUCUGGGUUGAUAUGUGUUUUCCCCUGGGUUUGGUUCGAUCUGUUACCACCAGACCCAAAUCUCACCUGUUCUUCUUCCUCUCCUUCCUGAUCAACGCUUAAAAUCAAGGUUAGGGUUCCAGUUGGUGGUAUAUUUGGGGGUUUGAAGAUUGCUUGAAUUUGGGUGAACGUGAAUCCACCAGAUGCAUGUGGUGUCGCUGAUAAUGGAGUUUGUGAGUCGAUUUGAAGGUAGGAGAUAUGAGAUUUUGGUAUGAGCAGGAAGGGUGGUGGUGGUUCUGGCGUUGCAAGAGUUGAAACAGAAUGAGGUCGUGGUAUUGUUUGGUUGCACGAGAUUGAUGUUGUUGUCCAAUUAGAUUUGCUUCUGCAAUCCACCGGAAGAAUUCUGUUUCUAAUCCGUUGAGAUUCAGAGGAAAGAAGUGUUAUAGAAGAUGAAGGAAAAAGUUGAGGGUGGCUUUGGCUUCUCUUCACAUGGUUUGAGGAUGAAGGUGAUGAAAAUGUUAGGGAAAGAGGUUGAUGAAAAUGCUCACGGUAACGUUGAGAAAGAUGAAGAAAUUUGGUGACUGAAUUGUGAAUUGUGACGGAGUUGUGACGGAUUAUCUCCGUCACUAGUCCCAAAAAUAAAAAAUUCUAUUUCUUAAUUAAAUUAUUAAUAUUUUUCAAUUAAAAUAUUAUUAAAUAAUACCACGUCAGCGAUCUGUUAGGUUUUAAACGGAAGUUGGACGGAAAACCAAUUUUGCAACCGGGUGUAAACUUCAGGGUCGCUUUUUGCUAAUUUUGAAGUUUGGGGACGAUUUACGCAGGAAGGACAAAGUUGGGGAUCAAAAGUGCAAUUAAGCCUUAUUUUAUACAUGGGAUAUGAUAUAUAGAACUCAUAAAACAAAUAUUUUAUGAAAUAUUAGUUACUUAUUUUACAUGCUCCACCUAACAAUCGUAUCUCUUAAUUUUAUUUUAAUAUUCUUACCUCUUUUAAUUUGGACGUGAAAUUGGAGUGAGAAUAGAUUAUUUUCCUGCUAAAUUAUAUAUUACUCUUCUAAUCAGUAAUCAAUUAAUCAUGAUAUGCACAAAUAUUGCAUAAAUAAAUUGUUUCCUUUUAAAAAAAAAUUACUUGUUCUUGUCUUUUCUUUCUCUUUUUGGCCUUCUCUGUUUUUACUCUCCUACACUUGAUUACUAGUCAUAAAGUUUCUUGUUAAGGGAAUCUUUGUUGUGGAAUCUGAGGAGACAUCAGUGUGAAAAUCAAGUAGUUUUUCUUUGCUAGAAUGAGCCAGAACCAGAACCAGAACCAUAUGGAAGAUUUCCUCAGGGGUCGAUUUGAUUGAUUGUUUACUAUUCAUACUUUACAACCAACCAAACGGCUAUUCUGACUUUUUGAUCUCUCUGCCUCUUCGUCUAUUGUUAAAGUCUUUGUGAGUUGAAUUGAGAUGUCACAGCCAAGGCAAAACAAGAUGAUGAUGAGUCCAAACACGACCUAUUCUAAGAUCUUUGUUGGAGGGUUGGCUUGGGAAACCAAGAGAGACACACUGAAACACUAUUUUGAUCAGUUUGGGGAGAUCAUAGAGGCUGUUGUCAUCACUGAAAGAAAUACUGGAAAAUCAAAAGGAUAUGGCUUUGUGACUUUCAAGGACCCAAAUUCUGCAACAAUGGCUUGCCAGAAUCCAAAUCCUGUGAUUGAUGGGAGGAGGGCUAACUGUAAUAUUGCAGCAUUUGGUGCACAAAAAACUGAUCCAUCAAUAACAGGAAGGUACAAAUUCAGAAGCCCUUCAUGCAAUAGUGUACCAAUCCAAUUUCAAGGCACCUCUACUUAUUAUGAUCAGCAUAUACCCCAGUAUUCAUAUCAGUAUCCACUCUACAGGUAUCCUGGUUAUCCUCGUCCACAGCAUAUUCAUGACAUGAACUACUAUAAUGCAUAUGGUGGACAGCAACUUCCAUUUCACUAUUUUCCAGCAUACUGCCAACCCUUUUAUGGUCUUAGUAGACAGUUUGUUCCAACAGCAUAUGUGAAAAAGACACAAUUCCCUGAAAUAUCACCUCAGGAGUUCACAGUUUGCAUAUCAGAACCGAUUUCACCUUCUCUUUCAAUUCCCGGCACAGCAGGGUUUAUCAAAGAAACAGUAGCUGCAACAGGAGUUGUAAGAUCCCCUCCAGAACAGAAAUCUUCAGCUUAAGCUCGUGAUGAGGAGAUUCCAUCAACUGAUUAGAAGAGAAGAAGCAAAAAAGAAAAAUGACACUGCUCAAUAAACCAGAAUGCUCUAAGAGCAUGUUCAAUGAGGUGGUCAUGCAAGUAACAUAUAAACAUGUUUUUGAAUAGGUGAUCUUAGGACUCUUGGUUUGUUCAGUGUCUUGAAAUUCUUAUUUUGAGGAAUCUAUUGCAUUCAUUACUUAGUUUU